AUGGCGAACCCAAUCCCCCUCUCCCCCGCCCAAGCGCACACCCUCUCCAACGAGACCCGCAACGAACUCUACAGCGCCCUCCUCUCCAGCACCGGCAUCCUCAACAUCGAAGCCACCCUCACCCACGAGCUGCAGCGCUCCGGCUGGCUCGACAGCCUCAAGCAGUACAUCACCCAGCUGCUGCGGACCGGCGAGGCCACCACCGUCGACCAGAUCAUGGCCAAGGUGAGGGAGAAGACGGGCCUGGAAGCGCUUGCGGGUGAACAUAUGAAUGGCGGCGGUGCGGCUACGAACGGUGUCAAUGGCGUUAAUGGCGUCAAUGGGCAUGAAGCUGGCGAGGGACUCGACUUGAAGAUCCCAAUUCAGGCGCUCGCCGAGGGAUCCAAGACGAUUCGGAGGGAAUUGGAAAAGGUCUGCGAGAUUGCUGGGGAACGAUGA